AUCAUCCAGCGGAGAGUUUGGAUUCCCUGAUUUGGGCCAAAGAGGCACGAGCUUGCUGCUGCCUCUUGUUGCUUUGCUGAUAGGGAGAAGGGGCCCACAGGGUCAGGGUCUUUGUUUCCUCGAGGCCGACGAUAAAUCCUAUCAGGGCGACCAUCCCCAUCUUGACUCCAUCCUCUAUAAGGCUUGUCACAUCCACCCCCCUCCUUCUCUCGUCAAUCCUCCUCUCUACAACAGCCGUCUCUCAUGGCUCUCCUUACUCCGCCUAUCGAGGCCCUGCGGCCUGUGGGCCCUGUGCGGUCCAACAUGCUGACGGCCUCACUCGACGGUCUUCCGCCAUUGGUCCUCGGCGGCGCCCAGUUCAACCACCAGUACAACGCCGAUCCUUUUUCUUUGCCUGUCAAAGACAUCAUCAAGAAGUGCUUCCAGGCCGGAGUCUGCGCCAUAGACACCUCUGCCUACUACGGUCCAUCUGAGAUACUCAUCGGCGAGGCACUCGCGGAUCCAGAGAUCUCCUCUGCAUACCCUCGCGACACAUAUUUCAUAAUCACAAAGGCUGGCCGUAUCGCAGAGUCUCACUUCGACUACUCGGCAUCCUGGAUGCGCCAGUCUGUCGAACGCAGCCUCACUCGCUUACACACAUCAUAUCUCGACGUCGUAUACGCCCACGAUGUCGAAUUCGUUCCUAUCGAAGGCACACUCGAGGGAAUCGCCGAGCUCUUCAAAAUGAAGGAGGAGGGAAUCAUUCGCAAUGUCGGUAUUUCUGGUUACCCAGUACCAGUCCUGGUUACGCUCGCAAAACUUGUCAAGCAACGGCUUGGCAAAACAAUCGAUAUCGUACUUUCCUAUUGCAACUUCACUCUCCAGAACCGGAGGCUGAAGUCUUCACUUGAUGAUUUCUAUUCUGCCGGGGUGAAGAAAGUCCUCAACGGAAGUCCUCUCAGUAUGGCUCUUCUACGCUCUCAGCCCCCUCACGCCUUUCACCCAGCAGGUCCGGAGCUCAAAAACAGAGUGGCUCUUGCAGCAAAGUAUACUGCCUCCAAAAACAUCGAACUGGCGGACUUGGCCUUACGAUACGCUCUCUCACACUGGAAUGGUACCACUGUUGUAGGUUGGAGCAACCUGGGCGAGGUGGAGGCUGGCAUUCAAGCGUACUGGGAUAGCCAAAACCUGGAUGUGCAGAAAGAAGAUCACGAUCUUGUGGAGGAGGUCAACAGAAUUUUAGGAGCCUCCUUGGAUGAAGUUUGGCUCUCAGGAUUACAGCAGAACUAUGACUAUGUUCUGUAGCAUUGUGCUGGCUGAUCUUUCAGAUUGAUAUUGCUACGAUUACAGGGAUUUGGCUUGAUGAUACUAUAAUUCAUUCAUUUGUGUGGCUCGCGCAUUCUCUCCCGCUAGAAGCUUCAUGUGUACAACUAUUAAUAUACUAAUAACCCCAUAAAUCUCGUAUUCUGCAUGACCGUAGCAGGUACCG